AUGCUCUUUCUCAAUCUGCCGCUGGAGAUCAGGUACGGAAUCUACCGGUGGGUUAUCUGCUCCGCUACCAAACCACCUCCUUCUCCCGCCAGGGAUCGACGGAAUCGUCGGAUCCUACCCGAUGGCAGUAGAGAUACUCAGAGAAUUUUUCACCGCACGCCUGACAACCCUGCUCUCUCUCUUCUUCGGGUGAAUAAACAGGUCAGCGAGGAAGUCAGCAACUUUCUCAUGUACCUCCCCACCAGUAAUUACCACGUCGACAUCAUGUGCGUUAAGGAGUCUGGUCUUUGGCCUACUUGGUCGGUUCCGCCGCCUCUACCUGGAAAGGGGAGUUUUUCCGCAUCCACACAGUACAUUGACUUCGUGUACGCGACACUCCGGAUAUUCAAUCCGCCCAAGGCAAUGAGAAGCUAUUUUCGCAAUGGAUUGACGUUCCACUUGAGCUAUGGGCAGCAAGACCCCGUUAUGGCUGGAUUCUACGGGCUGCUAGAAGCGUUCUUCCAUCGUGGACCUGGCUUUAUGGACCGCAGCCGCCCUGAAGACGAUCUGGGUGUUGCCCCUAGAUAUGUCGUUAAGGAUAUCAUUAUCGAUAUCACGGCACCUCCAGAUGCCUCGAAGCAUAGGAGUGUCAUCGUAGACGAUCUACAUUACCGGCCCGACCGCCUCACUUCACGAUAUGCGGGGCAUGACGACGAGUCGGUGGCGCCGGAGGAGCGUCUAGCAGCGCUCAUGUCCCGACAUUUGGACAUGCUUUUAUCGUUUACUCCAAAGUUGCUGAAUAAAGGGAUGCUUGUUUAUGAGCAGAUAUCCGGCUCGUUCGUUUUCAUGUUUUGCGGGCAAGUGUAUAAGAGGGUCGAGGUAGAGGCGUGCCUGCAGAGGUUGGAGGAGGUCUAUCUAGGCCCUGAUGGUGAACCCGAUUUAAAUUACAGGGAAAGAUUCAAGAGAUGGAGGAGAUGGGUUGAUGAGAGACGGGAGAGGAUGAAAGAGGGCCUUGAUCUGAGUACUCAUCGGCCUGUUCAAGAGCUGAGAGGGUAG